AUGGCAAGCACAUCGAAUGUCAAGAAAUCUCCAAAUCAACAACGCAAUUCACUGAACACGAAUUACAAUGAUCAGCAACAUCAACCACGUCAGAUUUUGCCGUCAAGACAAUCAUGUCAAAUCAAUAGUCGAGCUUACUCACAGGUCCUUCAACCUCAUAUCAUUGUCCCCACCCAAUUUGGCUAUGGUGAUAUUAUGACAAGUAAUUUGACUUUGUCAAAGGAAGCGUCAAUGCCAUUACAGUUCUUUCAAGAUUAUGACAAUUGUCAAGCAGGUCUGUUCGGGCAUGCUCAACAUUACCCGACGACUUACUUUCAGCAAGUGCAACUAUCUCAACCCCAUUCUAGGACCCCUCCGGUGGAUCCCAUAUCGAUCGGUCUAUUUUGCGAUGAUUGCGCUCGCUACGCCAGUGUGGGCAAUGAGUCAUAUCUCCUACAGAUCAUUUGUAAACAAUGCAAGGAUAAAUACCUGAAUGUGAAAAACCAUUGCAGAAAUUCCAAUACCAUUACGGUUCCAUCAACGCCCCGUGGUGGUGCUCCAAUUCUCCAUGCCGCUACCACAUCCCAGACAAUUCCCCAGCACACCAUGGUUACACAAGCAAUCUCCAUUUCUAACAUGCAAUCAAACCAUCCCGUUUCUCCCGUGGUGCCAACUCAGUCGAUGCCGAUGUCUCUAGACCUUCCGCACACCUUAUCAUCGGACAUUGUUCAAUACUCUAUUCCUCCCCACUCCGCAAAUUCUCCGUCUGAUUUAUCAAUUGAUUUCCCCAUUGAUCAACCUUCAUCUAUCUGCUACGACAAUAACCCGCUGGUUCACAGACCCAGUACGAGAGUGUUGAAUGAUGUCUUCUUCUCUGAUCAAAUGAUUGAUGAUUCAAUGGAUCAAUCUCUUUAUUUCGAUAGUGACGCUUCAUCUGACACCGAUAUCUCGACCCCAAAUUCACACCAUUCACCACAAAUGUCUCCCACUGAAAUUUUUGGUUGCGAUGAUUUGAUUUGGAGUUUAAUUUCUGACAAUUUUGACGAGUCAAAGGACCUGGCUCCACAAAGUUCGUCGACCGAUGCGUCUUCUCCAAAUGCUACCUCAUCAUUGUCCGUGACCCAAUCUUCCUCAAACACUUCACAGAAAGCCCCUUCAAAUCCGAUAGUCGUCUCACAACAAGAAGUGGUGGUUGCACCUCCGUUCUCUCUACCACCAUCCGUCCCCGUCAUUCCUUCCAACUCUAACAACUCGGGCACCAUCGAUCCUUCACUGAUCUCGAAUGUCGCCGUUGUCACAAAUCACUUCUCGAUCAAUAACUGCGAAGCUAUUGACCCUAGAUUUAUCACCUCCACCGAGUCUCCAAGUCGAAGACCUCCACAAGUCAUCACUCGACCGAAUUUCAUCGAACUUAGUAGUGACAAUUUGCUCAGUCCUCCUCUUCAAACUCCUGAACUUGUCAGCGAUAACAACCUCAAACGAAGGUUAUCCUACACCUUUUCUUCGGAUGAUGACGAGACCUCUGAAGGCGAGAAUAAGAAGAUUCGCGUGGAUGGGCAAAAGUCCGUCAAGACCAACACUAGGAAUCAUGACUCGAUGAUCGUUGAUGAGAAAGAGGAGUGCGAACCGGAAGGUUAUUCCUCUCCCGGGUAUGAUCCGUUGAUUGACGAUAAUUCCACCGAGGAAGGAAAUGACUCGGUCACCGAUGAAUAUCACGACAGCAGUGAUGCUAUCUAUACCACUGACGAGGAUGAUGACGAGUACAGACCAUCUACGAGCAGCAAGAAAUCACGAUCAUCAAAGAAAGGGUCGAUCAAGUCUCAAAGUAAGCACCGGGGUUCCUUGUCGAAGGUGAUAAUUCUGGGAAAGGGGUUAACGAAGUCAAAGUUAACCACACAGUCAAAGAAUAAGAGUAAGGCGACCGCCAGUAAACGUGGCAAGCACUCGAAGUCUAACAGCUCUUCGAAGAGGGCUAGCAAGGCAUCAACGCCUGCUGACUCCUUCACCGAGAGUCCCGCGCCGACAACAGCUGUAAUGACGACCGACGAACCUCAGGAAGUGGAAGUGACCUCCCCACGUCCAACUCAGACCCCCACCAUUUUUGAAACCCUGACCAGGUCCGGUAUCGACUGGUGCAGGUAUUGCGGUACCACCGAAGGUGUCAAUUGGAGACCUGGUCCUUGGGGAAAGCGAACUUUGUGCAAUAAACACGGUUGCGACUAUAAAGGUUAUGGGUUUGCUUGCAAGCUUCCACGCUUGGACUUGACCAGUUUUGUCGAUGAAACUGUCGAGGAACGUGAACGUCCGGUUUUGCAACUCUUCUGUACAGUUUGUCAAAAGCAAGAAUCAUACGUUGGAAACGUUCUUGUCCGUUGUGAAGGUUGUCCCAAGGCAUUCCAUCAAAAAUGUUUCACGACUGGCAUCGAUGAUGAAACUGUGAACGGUGUUGAACCUUGGUACUGUGAAAAGGGAUGCCAAGAUAACUUACGAAGGAAGCGAAUAGUUGUCGAACUUCCCCGUAAGAGACUUCCCCUCAUGUCUACUCCAAAAGCCCACGCUUCUACAUCGAUUACCGAUCCAUCCUUAAUCUCAAACUCUGGUACCACUUCUCGUCCCCGAACUUCCCGAAAUUCUUCGAGAGUUUAA